AUGCCUUCUUGGAUCCGAGCUCUGAUUCUCCCUCUCUCCGGGCUGCUCCUGUCCCUCCCGGCCGCGGCGGACGUGAAGGCUCGGAGCUGCAGCGAGGUCCGCCAGGCUUACGGUGCCAAGGGAUUCAGCCUAGCGGACAUCCCCUACCAGGAGAUCGCAGGGGAACACUUGCGCAUCUGUCCACAGGAGUAUACGUGCUGCACCACCGAGAUGGAAGACAAGUUAAGCCAGCAGAGCAAACUCGAGUUUGAAAACCUCGUGGAAGAGACGAGCCAUUUCGUGCGUACCACGUUCGUGUCAAGGCACAAGAAAUUUGAUGAGUUUUUCCGCGAGCUGCUGGAGAAUGCGGAGAAGUCCCUAAACGACAUGUUUGUCCGUACCUAUGGGAUGCUGUACAUGCAGAACUCGGAGGUGUUUCAGGACCUCUUCACUGAGCUGAAGCGAUACUACACAGGGGGGAACGUCAACCUGGAGGAGAUGCUCAACGACUUCUGGGCUCGGCUCCUGGAGCGCAUGUUCCAGCUGAUAAACCCCCAGUAUCACUUCAGCGAGGACUACCUGGAGUGUGUGAGCAAGUACACCGACCAGCUGAAGCCGUUCGGGGACGUGCCACGGAAGCUCAAGAUUCAGGUCACACGCGCUUUCAUCGCUGCUCGCACCUUCGUCCAGGGCCUGACGGUGGGCAGGGAAGUUGCCAACCGUGUUUCCAAGGUGAGCCCCACCCCUGGGUGCAUCCGGGCUCUUAUGAAGAUGCUGUACUGCCCAUACUGUCGCGGCUUGCCUACCGUGAGGCCCUGCAACAACUACUGCCUCAAUGUCAUGAAGGGUUGCCUAGCCAACCAGGCGGAUCUGGAUACUGAAUGGAACCUGUUCAUAGAUGCAAUGCUUUUGGUGGCGGAGCGACUGGAAGGGCCGUUCAACAUUGAGUCAGUCAUGGAUCCAAUAGAUGUCAAGAUCUCUGAGGCCAUUAUGAACAUGCAAGAAAACAGCAUGCAGGUGUCGGCAAAGGUUUUCCAAGGCUGUGGCCAGCCCAAACCUGCUCCAGCCCUCAGAUCUGCUCGCUCGGCUCCAGAAAACUUUAACACACGCUUCCGGCCCUACAACCCUGAGGAAAGACCCACAACAGCAGCGGGCACGAGCCUGGACCGGCUGAGGACUGUGUGGAGGACCAUGCAGCAUAGUGUCACAGACAUAAAAGAGAAGCUGAAGCUCUCUAAGAAGGUGUGGUCGGCCUUGCCCUACACCAUCUGCAAGGACGAAAGCGUGACUGCGGGCACAUCCAACGAGGAGGAGUGCUGGAACGGGCACAGCAAAGCCAGAUAUUUGCCGGAGAUCAUGAACGAUGGGCUGACCAACCAGAUCAACAAUCCUGAGGUAGAGGUGGACAUCACCCGGCCCGACACGUUCAUCAGACAGCAGAUCAUGGCCCUCCGGGUGAUGACCAACAAACUGAAGAAUGCCUACAAUGGCAACGAUGUCAACUUCCAAGACACAAGUGACGAAUCCAGCGGCUCAGGCAGUGGCAGCGGGUGCAUGGACGACGUGUGUCCCACAGAGUUCGAGUUUGUCACCACCGAGGCCCCUGCAGUGGACCCGGACCGGAGAGAAGAGGAGUCUUCGGGCGCGCAGGGCAGCUACUCCCUGCUCUCCUGGUCUCUGGUCUGCAUGGCCCUGGCCCUACAGAGACUCCACAGAUAAUCAUGGGCUUUGGUCAAGUGAAACUGCGUUUUAGCUCUUCGGUGGCCAACUUCCUUCCUUUUCCUACACUCUUGGACAAUGGACCAUACCACAAAAACUCACCGUUUUCUAUGACGAGAGAGCAGUCUUGCAACCUGCCUCCCUUUUUGUUUUCCCAAAGAGUACCGGGUGCCCAAGGAUCUGCCUCCUUACCUUCUGCUAUCCGUGGGGACCUUGUUUAUUCCAGAGAGAAUUCUUACUCAAACCUUUCGUACCAAGAGAUUUUUUCUUACCGUCAUUUGCUUUUAUGCUGCAAAAUUAAAGGAAUUUCAUGUUGUGAGGGUUUUUUUUUCCUCUAACACCCCACUUAAAAUAAAAGAUAGGAAGAAAAAUAAUUUUUCUUUUCAAAUCAGGCCAAACCCCAAGACAACUACUUUUCAACAAGGAAGCAAAUAAAGGAGAGAAAAUAAAGGAACUCUCACUUUACCAGGUUUGGCGAUGACAGCCAGCUCCUGGGGCGAGCUUUUCUGUGACAAGCCAAGUUUACAAAAUGCUUAUGAGGGGAAAGCGUAGCAUUAUUUAAUGUAGUAGAAAUGCGAUGAUGUUGUCUUGGAGGUAUUGUCUUGCAGUCUACCCAAACUGAUUUGGAAGUACUCAUAGUAAACUUAGGAUUCUGCCUUUAUAUGAGUGGUAAUGUUAUUGCAACUCGACGCCUCUCUUACCCUUGAUGACACAUUCUCUGAUGGCAGCAUCUCCUCAGUCUCCUAUUGUAUCCAAUUGGCAUCAGUUGUCUUUAGUCCUUUAUGGAUGCCCCUGGUCAAGUCUCCUUCAUCCUAGGUCUUGACUUGACUAAAAAUCAUCUUCAUUGGUACAGUCUCUACUUUCUCUACCAGUCUGGCGUGAAUUAGAUAUCUCAACCCCCUCUGCUCCUGACUUUCCUCCAAAUAAGAGUUCUCUUACUGACAUGGCAAUUAGCUCCACACAUGAGUUUUUGUUAUAGACUCUUUGAUUGUGUCAAUUGGUUUCAGCAUCACAAGGGCAAUUCUCUUACAAAAUAACUCACAACAACAACAACAACAAGAAAAACUCAAAACAAAAAAAAGAGAGAAAAACACUAUAUAUAUAGUAUUGACAUGGAGAUUUCUUUCACUUUUUUAGUCUUAGUAUGAUCAUCUAUUUUUAUAUCUAUAAAUAUAUAUAAAUCACAGAUUUUAACUUCUUAAUUCCAAGCUCAGGGUUGACACUCCUUUGUAACAAACCUGUUCUGUCAACCAGCUCUUCUUGUUUUGUGGGGCUCAGAGAAGGGGUUCCUCAAUGAUCUGUGAGCACCAAGAAUCAAGAAAGAGAACUUUGUAUGUAUCUAACUGUCCAUCUAUUGCAAGCUUGCCAGAGCACACCCUUUCCGUACAAGUUUGCAUUGUCCCCAGUGCUCUGAACUGUUCUGAGCUCAUGGGACGAGCCCUGGUGUGCAAGGCGUUACUGGCAAUGGACUGUGGAUUGCGUAAAGAAUGUUAUCCGUGAAAACCCAUUGUUCUUAUGUACAACAUCUGUGGCCUAGGACUCCUGCUGGGUACUAUAGUAGAUGACCUAAACUCAAGAGGCCAAUUUACUGCUACAUCCUGUCCUCCCCACAAAGCCAGGCCCAAUGCUUCCCCUGGCAGAGAGAAGCAAGGCAAAUCAAACUGGGGUUGUAUGAAGACAGUUGGCUAACCAUGUGGAUUUUUUUAUUAUUUUUUGUUUUGGAUUUUGGUUUUUAUGAUGCAUCUGGGAAAGGGAGAAGAAAUAUUUCAAGACACCACAGCAUGCCAACCACAUUGUAACUGAUUCAUUGACAGUAUUGACACCAUAAAUGGUUCUGUCUCUAUUCUCAUCAAAAUUAAAAUUAGUUAUCGAUUUAGUCAUCAUGUCUAAGUAGAACACAUGCACUAGUUUUAAGUAUAUUUGAGCACUUUUGAAAAAGAAAACUUAUUUACAAGCAUCUGUUGCUACUUUCUGCCUAACAAAAUAUCAAGUGUAGGAUUCUGAGAGACUUUGUAGCAUCUUUCACUUAAAUUUGUGUGAUGUUAACACUUAAUCAAAUCCAGAAUUGCAUCCUUUUGGAAAAUCGUCCACCUCACUGCCCCCUUCAGAUUCUAAUCACUAGUUACACAGACCAUAUCUCCAUGAAGGACCAGUCAUUUAUGUUACUCGGCUCAUGGCAUGUUCAGAAAUCGGUAUUGUUUUUCUUUUUCUCCAACAAUUACGGUACAAUACAAAUUAAACCAACUUUGAUUCUCUAAGAUAUUUGAGUAAUAAUUUGCGUCAUGGCUUUAAGCUCCAAUUUCCUUUUUUUUAAAAAAAAUAAUAUUUCUGCAGUAUCUUGUAUAACACAAAUCAAGUUUCUUAUUUUUACUGUGUUUUUGCCCCCCCCCAAAAGAAUGGUUUCUUUGCAUGCAUAUGACAACACAUUACGUGGAUGAAUGUGAACCCAUGUUCUGUGCACACUAAUCAAACAGAUAAUAUAGAAAUGCCUGCUUCCUUUGUUUCAACACCUGUAUUCUCAAGGGUAUUUUCAUUGACAAGAUAUAGAGAUGCAUAUGGGCCAGGCAGAGAGUUGAAAUGAGGAUCAUCCAAGGAAGUCAUACCAUUAGUCACCUUGCACGGACAUGGUCAAAAUAUUACUCGCUUCCGCUUCCUGGUCGUAGUCGUCUCCGCCAUACCGUUUUUAGACUAACUUCAUGUUAAGAUGUUUGGUUUCGGUUUGUUUCUUUCUGUUCCCUAAGCCCUUUCAUUGAAUUUCCCCUUUUCAGAACUGCAGAGUCCUCCUCCCCAAUUAAUCUUCUUAUUUCAGCAUUGGGGUAGGGGAUGUGCUCAUGUUGCGUUGUCAUUUGUGGCCUGUCCUCAUCUGUGAUGACGUCCCCUAAGUUCUUCGCAUCACGACUUGUGUUAUGAGUAGAGAGGAAUGGGGACCCCAAAAUUUGGACACUAGAAAUUGGUGGGUGGUGCUCAUAACUGAAAACACUUAGCUUAUUGAAGUGCCUCUAUUUACAUGUUCUUUAGUUAUAAUAUGUAUUUUUCUAACAGAAAUGCGCGUCUGUAAUUGAUGUUUAUUCUACUUUGUAUAUGUUACAACAAAGGCUAAAUGGAGGCUAAUGUCUUCAGCAGAGAAGAAUGGACUGUGCAUUUAUGAAUAUAUGGUCCUGGAUUGGCAGCCAUGAGACAGCCUCCUCUCACUGCAAUGAAGGCCAAGUUGGCGCUUUGAUUACAGCCUUCACAGACUGUAGCACUGGAAGUCCGACUCCCUUACCGUGGUUUGCCCCGGGGAGGAAGGUGACUUGAAUCACCUGCUUCAAUUGUAAGGGAUAGAAACUACUUUUGUCUACACUGAAAAAAACACUAUUCAUUGAUGAGAAGUAGCAAUUUUAAAAGAAACAUUCUUUAAGUCAAACGCAUUGAGAAUAUCAUUGGAUGCAGAGCCACGAGAUUUAGGUCACAUUCCCUGCUGCAGACAUUAGCCUUCCUUGAUUCUUCUUGACAUUACAUACAUAUUUUGGCUACGGACUAAGCACCAACUUAAAUCCUCAAGGAGGAAUAAAACUUGGUAAAAUUCUGGCUUGCAAUUCUAUUCUCGACUCUCUCUGCAAGGCUAGUUAUCAGGUAGUGUGACUUUAGGUUCCCAGUGUUAACGAAUGCAGGAUUCGACUUCUCCAAACACUUGCAGAUACUCAAACUCAUUUUAUUUGAUUUACAAUCAUUAGCAUAUUUAAAUUUAAAACAAUAUAGUCUUGCAACCAGAAGAGGAAAGCAGCCCAUAUCUUCUAAAUCCACAAUUUGUUCCUCCUUGGUAGAGAUAUCAGUCAGUGCUUAGUUUUAGGCCAACUUACACCAAUAGAUAACUGAUUUGUACGCAUUCUGGAGACUUGCUAUGUCAUGAUCUGCUACAGCCCAGAUUCAGUUUAGCAUGGACCACUUGGGACUUCACUGAGAGUGGAGUGGAUACUGGAGUCUUUGGCAUUGCCUUGUAAAGAGGGACUUCAUGAGCAGCACCUGAUGAAGGCACCACAGUGCGGUCUCUGUGCAUAUACAGAACACAUAUGCAGGAUAAAUGUGUGCACCAAUCAAACCUAAAAUUUUAUGUGACUGUCAGAUGACUAUUAUUUGGGUUAAGAUUUCUCAUUUCUGAUUUGGAUAGAAAAUUGCUAUUAAUCUUGUAUUAAAAUAGUUUUUAAAAAUC